AUUUUGACUGUGUUUUGAUCGUUUAUUUGGCGCUGAGACGCGAUUGGAUCUCUGUCUGUGUCAUUCGGUCGAGCUCUUCUCCUCAGGGUGGUCUGAUUAUCCCAUAGAUGCGCUUUCUGUUACAGUGAAUGGACUCGCCUCAAAAAUGUGUUGCUAAUGAAUGUGUUUCUGCAAUAUGAAGAAUGGAAGAAGACGAUGUGACGAUCAGAGAGCAGAAUUUCCACAGCCAAGUGCGCGAGUACAUCAUCUGCUUCCUCCUGUUUGCAGUAUUAUACAUUGUGUCGUACUGCAUCAUUUCCCGCUACAAGAGGAAAAGUGAUGACCAGGAAGAUGAAGAUGCCAUUGUCAACAGAAUAUCUAUGUACUUGUGUACAUUCACAUUGGCAGUGUCUGGAGGGGCUGUCCUCCUUUUACCAUUUUCUAUAAUCAGUUAUGAGAUCCUGCUCUCCCUUCCAAAAAACUACUAUAUACAAUGGCUCAAUGGAUCACUCAUUCAUGGCCUGUGGAACCUGGUGUCCCUCUUCUCAAAUCUCUGUCUCUUUGUGCUGAUGCCUUUUGCCUAUUUCUUCCUGGAGUCUGAGGGCUUUGCUGGUUCGAAAAAGGGCAUAAAGGCUCGUGUGCUGGAGACAUUUGUCAUGCUCUUUCUGCUGGGUCUCCUCAUCCUGGGCAUUGUAUGGGUGGCGUCCGCACUCAUCGACAAUGAUGCGGCCAGUAUGGAAUCGCUCUACGAUUUAUGGGAGUUUUAUCUGCCAUACCUCUACUCCUGCAUCUCUCUGAUGGGUGGCCUAUUGCUGCUUAUGUGUACUCCAGUGGGAAUGUCACGCAUGUUCACAGUGAUGGGCCAGUUACUAGUCAAACCCACAAUUUUAGAGGAUCUGGAUGAACAGAUUUAUUGUAUACAGCUGCAGGAAGAGGCCCUGGAGCGUAGACUCAAUGGUACGAUGUCAAACUCUUAUUUCCAUGGAAACUCUCAGCACCACCUCUACAAAGAGCUGGACAACAUUCGCAAUCAGAGGAACAAACUUGAGAGGAGAAAGAAGGCCUCAGCCUGGGAAAAGAACCUCCUGUACCCCAUAGUGAUGCUGAUCCUUCUCGCUGGAACGGCAAUUUCUGUUCUCCUGGUUGCUCUGAACAUUGUGUACUUGCUCGUUGAUGAGACGGCUAUGCCAAAGGGUUCAACGGAGAGAGAUAUCGGCAAUACCUCUUUAUCCACGUUCGGAGUUGCCCAGGCAGUUAUUGAAAUUAUUCUCAUGUUUUAUCUGAUGGUCUCAUCUGUGGUUGGCUUCUAUAGCCUUCGCAUCUUUCAGGAGCUCACUCCCAGAAAGGACGACACUACCAUGACAACGAUCAUCGGUUGCUGUGUAUCUAUUCUAGUGCUGAGCUCGGCCUUGCCUGUCAUGUCCCGAACACUUGGAAUAACAAGGUUUGAUCUCCUGGGUGAUUUCGGACGAUUUAAUUGGCUUGGAAAUUUUUACAUCGUACUUUCAUAUAACCUUCUGUUUGCUGUGGUAACCACAUUGUGUCUGGUCCGAAAAUUCACAUCUGCCGUGCGAGAGGAACUUCUCAAAGCACUUGGUCUGGAUAAAUUGAAUCUGUCAAACAGUACGGCGGAAACAGAGUCAGGGAAACAUGCUGUCAACGGGCAUCAGAAAACUUUGUGAUAGAAAAAUCAUCGAGACAUUCUCACACAAACACACGUAUGUGUAUACAGUUGGCUUUUUCAUUUUAAGAAUAUAGCGGUAUACAGUCAGGAAGCACCAAAAACUAGAAAAAGAAAGGGGAUAAUUGAGAAAAGCUAUUACCGUGAGAUGCUUCUAGUGUCAAGAGUUUACCAGACGUGUGGAAUAUGUCCAUCACCUCAUGUGAGCAGUUAAUCUAUAUAGUUGUACAUGCCGUUGAAACCAGUCUGAGAUUCACAAUGAUUUAAUUUUGUUCAAUGUUUGUUAUUCAGCUUGUAAAUGCUUUCAUUUCAGGUGAGAAAAUGUUAUUUCCGUGCUGACCUGCACAUCUAAAAGGCCUCUCGACUGCACCCUUCAAUGGGGUAUUAUUAUUAUUAUCAUCAUCAAUACUUUUUCUUUGAUUACUGGAAAUAUUAAGCUGUUUGCCAAGCUGAUUGAAUUAGUCUCAUUUAGGGCAUGUCACUUUCCUCCUGAAUUAUUGUCGAUUUUGUGUCCAGAUCAGAUUUUUUGAACAGUAUUUUGUUAAGUUAUAUGAAAGAGGUUUAGGCUUCAAGAGCAGUUCACGUAAAAACAGCACACACAUGAAAUAUAAACUUUUUUGAUAUUGACUGAAGGCGCCAUGAUACAUUAUUACAUGUAAUCUUAGAGCUAAUAUUGAACUAUAUCACAUUAAGAAUUGCAGAGCUUUGAAGUUUGGCACUGGGAAAGAAAUUGCUACAGUAUUACUUAACAUUUAUAUUGUUUCAAAUAUUUUAAUACCAAAUUGACUGGUUCUUAUUAAAAUGCCACUCAUUACAAAAUCAGUUCAUGAUAAUAUACAAGCAAAAUGUGAUCGCCCAAUAUUCUGAAAGUUUGAUUUGUCAGAAUUGGUCCAAUUCGCCUUGCUUGACGUGUAAAGUUUUGUUAUUCUGUGUCUGCCAUUGAACGUGUUUACAUUCAGUUAAGCAUACAUGAUCAAUUCUUAUUUAUUAGAUGAUCAAUUAUAAACGAGGAAGCAUUAUGAUUUGUUUCCUCAUGCUGUAACUGUGACAAUUCAGGUUUGUUGGAUGUGACAGAAUUAAGUAAUGGGAAUUGACAAGGAAAGUCCCCAAACAUGUGCCUUACUCAAAAUGUUGGCAUAUUCUGGGUGGUAGUGGAAUGUAAUUACCAGUGGAGAAUCCUAUCUGCCAAAUUUCUUUUUGCACUGCAACUGCUCUUGUUUCAAUCGGUAGACAAAGUUCAGAAGUGGACUCUAUGGGUUCGAGUCACUACCAACAACCAGCUUAAUAUCUUGUUCUCUUUACUUGAAUUGGUUGCGGCAGAUUGUGUUUAGGAAUGUUGCGACCUGCCAGUCACUCUCGGUCAAUUAUUUAACACAUUUAAUGGAUUGUAGUGUACCAUAGUCUAGAAUUAGGGAGGAAAUGAACAAAAAUGACAUGACAGCAGAGAGAUGCUUCUCUGUUGUUAUAGUAGUAAAAAUGCAUGAAAUAUUUUGGGGGAAGAUGAGGCACAAUCUUGGGAUUUAAGAUUCCUGUUGUUAAAUCUGAUACUACUUCCUCCAAAACCUUUGAUACUAUGCUAUUCUACAUGUAGUACACAAAGUGAUGGGGGCUUUUUCCCCUUGUUGGGAGAGCAUAUAACCAGUAACAUGCAUCCUUUAAACUUGGUUAUCGCUGCAGAGCUUGUUUGCCUUAUUUCAGCAUCACUAGCAAAACGGCCUUCAAACAUCCAGGUUGUACCUCUGAGGCUGCUUUGCUUUUUGCAAAUGGCAGAUUAUUAUGUUUUUCCACUCGCUCUCCUGCUGGAUUUUCGGCCUGUUUGGUCUUGUGAAUUACUGGCAUAUACAGAUUAGAGGUGACACUCUGACAUUAGAGGAUCUUCUCCUCAUAGGACUGCAGAGAGCCACAUCAGUCGGUUAUGCCUAAUAAAGCUUUUUUAUUUCGGUGAAAUGAAUGUGAGGUCCGAGCUGAGAUGGUAGAAAGCAGCACGGCUUAUUGAAGGGCAAUGAAAUACAGUGUCAUAGAGACUUUUUAAUUGCUUUAAUUUGAACUUUGUUGAAAUGUUACUAGUCACGCAUUUAUUGUACAAUAUGUUCUGUAUAGUUUCCAAACAUUCCCAUUCUGAGGACAAAACCAACAGGCUAAAAAGAACGUGUAAACCAUAAAAAGAACAUUUGAUGUAAAGCUGCAUAAACAUCCUGUUUACUCUUCAUUGUUUGUCUCUUUAACUGUGACAAGCCUCAUACUAAUGUAAAUGAUGUAUUUACAUGUAUAUACGGUAUAUUUCUCUUUUUAUUUUUGUAGAAUGUAGAUAUGAAACAGGCUCUUGAGCCUCAUUCAUACUAUGCUUUUUGUGGAAAAGGCCUGACAAUUAGUCUCUCAGCAUUUGUUUAUUGUAAAAAAAAAAAAAAAAAAAA